AUGUAUAUUGUUUAUGAUAACGUGUCAGUUCUUUCCACACGCAUGCACCGAGCAGUCGCAAUGAGCGUGAAAGUGAUUCUGUGUCUCGUGCUAGCCUGCACAUACGUUGAAGCUCUCCAAACUGUUAACGGAAAGAUCAAAAUCAGUGUUGGCACUACCGCCGGAUGUUCCGACACCGUGAACUUUAUCAGCCAACAGCUUAAAGAAGCCUAUGACCUGUACAAAGAAUACCUAGAAAUUGAAUACGUACCUUGGGGUAGGACGCGUUUUGAGAAUGGACAGUUUACUUGCCAAUUUGGAGUCAACGACUGCUGGGCGAAUAGACUUCAUCGGUGUGCCUUAAAUAUGCUGCGCGGGAACCAGGAUGCCCAAGUACGCUACAUGCAAUGCGAAUACGCUCCGCCUUUCCCGUCUUUUAUACAAGGCUCAUACGUCUGCGCGCGUGAGGCUGGCUUGGAUCUGGUCAAUUUGGACCAUUGUGUUGCGAAUGUUGGUGAUGAGUUGGAUACCAGAGCUCAAGCAGCCGCUGCCCAACCAAUGGCAGUUAUUAAUUUCGUGCCUUCGAUCGUUCUUAAUGAUGAGAUUGAUAGAAAUCGCCACAACGAAGCUUUCAGGAGACUGCCCAGUUUGAUUUGCUUCGCUUUACUUGACGACCCGAACAAUGAUAUUACUAGUUGUCAAAUUUAG